AGUCUUUUCGCUCACGUUAACGACCAUCUUUCCUUUUCACACACCACCGGGCCCCGCGCUCCUACGCAUCAAAAACACCGCCACUUUUCUCUCCUUUCCAACGCCAUGCCGAUCCAGAAGGUCCACGCCCGCGAGGUGCUCGACUCCCGUGGCAACCCCACGGUGGAAGUGGAGGUGACGACGGAGGCGGGCAUGUUCCGCUCCGCCGUGCCGUCCGGCGCGUCGACCGGCGUGCACGAGGCGUGCGAGCUGCGCGACGGCGACAAGGCGCGCUACAUCGGCACCGGCUGCCUGCAGGCGGUGAAGAACGUGAACGAGGUGCUUGCCCCCGCGCUGGUGGGCAAGGACGAGGCGGACCAGGCUGGCCUGGACAAGAUGAUGUGCGAGCUGGACGGGACGAAGAACAAGAGCAAGCUCGGCGCGAACGCGAUCCUUGGCUGCUCGAUGGCGAUCAGCAAGGCCGCUGCGGCGAAGGCGGGCGUGCCGCUGUACAAGUACAUCGCGCAGCUGGCGGGCACGAAGGAGAUCCGCCUGCCGGUGCCGUGCUUCAACGUGAUCAACGGCGGCAAGCACGCCGGCAACGUGCUGCCGUUCCAGGAGUUCAUGAUCGCGCCGACGAAGGCUGUGUCGUUCCACGAGGCGCUGCGCAUGGGCUCUGAGGUGUACCACGCGCUGAAGUCGAUCAUCAAGAAGAAGUACGGCCAGGACGCGGUGAACGUGGGCGACGAGGGCGGCUUCGCGCCGCCGAUCAAGCACAUCGACGAGCCGCUGCCGAUCCUGAUGGAGGCGAUCGAGAAGGCGGGCCACAAGGGCAAGUUCGCGAUCUGCAUGGACUGCGCCGCGAGCGAGGCGUACGACGCGAGCAAGAAGAUGUACAACCUGACGUUCAAGAACCCCGAGCCGACGUACGUGUCUGCGGAGAAGCUGCAGGAGACGUACACGCGCUGGGUGGCGGAGUACCCGCUCGUGUCGAUCGAGGACCCCUUCAACGAGGACAACUUCGACGAGUUCGCUGCCAUCACGAAGGCGCUGGAGGGCAAGGCGCAGAUCGUUGGCGACGACCUGACGGUGACGAACGUGGAGCGCGUGAAGAUGGCGAUCGACAAGAAGGCGUGCAACUCGCUGCUGCUGAAGAUCAACCAGAUCGGCACGAUCAGCGAGUCGAUUGCUGCGUCGAAGCUGUGCAUGGCGCACGGGUGGUCGGUGAUGGUGUCGCACCGCAGCGGCGAGACGGAGGACACGUACAUCGCGGACCUGUCCGUUGGCCUGGGCACUGGCCAGAUCAAGACCGGCGCGCCGUGCCGCGGCGAGCGCACUGCGAAGCUGAACCAGCUGCUGCGCAUCGAGGAGGAGCUUGGCGGCAGCGCGAAGUACGGCUAUCCCGGCUGGGCGUAAGGUCGCCGCGUCGGGCGCGUGCGGAGUGCGCGCAGGGGUGGGUGUGGCGUGGGUGAGGGCGUCGUGCACCGAUGUGCGCGCCGGCUUCUCCGCCCCAGCCACCCCGCUCUCUCGCCCGCUCUGUCUUUUUCUUUUCUGACGGCAGCGCACCCGUGUGGUGAUGCGCGUGUGCGAGCGUGUGUGUUGGUGUGCGAUGCACCCGACUGUCACCCGCCCACCCGCAUUCGCACACACGGGAUGCGCUGUGCGUGGCAUCAAAAACAAACCAUAACCCCUGCCGCGUGCGCCUGGUCCCUGUCGCCGCUGCUGCACGCACACGACGCGAGCGGUGUGCAGGCGGUGCUGUGCGGGCUGCGUCAAAACGGGCCCCGCGUGACCCGUCGGCUGCGGUGACCGGGUGAGGCGUGCGCGUGCCGGUGUGCGCGCAACUCGUAUAUUUUGGUAUUAACUCUCUAACCUUUUUCGUCUGACUUGUUUUUCGCUCUGUUCGCGGUUU